UAUACGCACACGCACACGCACACGCACACGCAGAGUCUUAUUCAUUUCCUUCACAAAAGCCUAAUUUUGAGAGAUUUCGUUUUUUCGUUGUGCCGCCACUAUUCUAUGCGCCUCCAUCAUCCGCUUCCGGGCCUUGGGGUUCUAGGGUUUUCAGAGCUCCUUCUCUCGUUUUCUAGGGUUUUCCGAGCUGGAUUCUCUCGCUUUCCUCAGGCGAAUCUCUAUGCGCCGCUGGUUCAGCGGCUUUGUUGAUUAGGCUCGCUUCUCCCUCUCUCUAUAGAUAUCUUUCUCUCUGUAUCUCUCUCUCGGAAAUCUUCCAGAUCGUAAUUAUCUCCAGGGGAGGAGCUAGGGUUUGAUUGGUUCAUUUCUGAAUAGUAUGGUUGUUCGAUUAGGGAAAUCGGUUGUUUGGCUGAUUUGAGGGGGUCUGGGGAAUUUGAAUGGCAUUGGGGGACUUGAUGGCGUCUCGGUACUCGCAAUCUUCAGUGGUGCACCUGGACGAGGUCGCUUCGAGCCACGAGGACGGGGAUUUGUUCUCGCAGAGGAGGGAUUCGGAUACUGCUAGUAGUAGCCACGGAAAUGCCACGGCUUCCACCACGACCAGCUUGGCGUACUUGCCCCAGAAUAAGGUGCUGUGCGAGCCUCGGCACGAGGCCUUCGAGGGUUGCGCGCCCACUGGCCCCUCGGAAAAUGGUUUGGUCUCGAAAUGGCGGCCUAAGGACCGCAUGAAGACAGGAUGUGUCGCUCUAGUUUUAUGUUUAAAUAUUAGUGUGGAUCCACCUGAUGUAAUCAAGAUAUCUCCUUGUGCCAGAAUGGAGUGCUGGAUAGAUCCUUUUUCCAUGGCACCUCAAAAAGCACUUGAGACAAUUGGGAAAAACUUGAGUAUUCAGUAUGAAAGGUGGCAGCCGAAGCAGGCUCGCUAUAAGUAUCAACUUGAUCCUACUGUGGAGGAAGUGAAGAAACUUUGUAAUACGUGUCGCAGAGCAGCCAAGUCUGAGAGAGUUCUGUUCCAUUAUAAUGGACAUGGUGUGCCAAAACCAACCGCUAAUGGCGAAAUUUGGCUCUUUAAUAGGAGUUAUACGCAGUAUAUCCCCUUGCCAAUCAGGGACCUUGAUUCCUGGUUGAAGACGCCAUCAAUAUAUGUUUUUGACUGCUCUGCUGCUGGGAUGAUUAUCAAUGCCUUCAAUGAGCUUAAUGAUUGGGGGGGUGCUUCUGGAUCCUCAAGGGAUUGCAUUCUGCUUGCAGCCUGUGAAGCACAUGAGACUCUUCCCCAGAGUGCUGAUUUUCCUGCUGAUGUGUUUACUUCUUGCCUCACAACUCCUAUAAAGAUGGCAUUAAGAUGGUUCUGCAAACGUUCCUUGCUUCGUGAGUCCCUUGAUUAUUCGCUUAUAGAUAAAAUUCCUGGACGGCAGAAUGACCGGAAAACACUUCUCGGUGAAUUGAACUGGAUUUUUACAGCUGUGACUGACACAAUUGCCUGGAAUGUUCUUCCUCAUGAUCUUUUUCAGAAGCUUUUCAGGCAAGAUUUGUUAGUUGCCAGUUUAUUUCGAAAUUUUUUACUUGCGGAGCGAAUUAUGCGUGCUGCUAAUUGUUCCCCCAUCUCUUACCCUAUGUUGCCACCAACCCAUCUGCAUCAUAUGUGGGAUGCAUGGGACAUGGCUGCUGAGAUCUGCCUUUCUCAGCUUCCAUCACUGAUUGAGGACCCUAAUGCGGAGUUCCUGCCUAGUCCAUUUUUCACUGAACAAUUGACGGCUUUUGAGGUAUGGCUCGACCAUGGAUCUGAACAUAAGAAACCGCCAGAGCAAUUGCCCAUUGUCCUUCAGGUUUUGCUUAGUCAAGGCCAUCGAUAUCGGGCACUGGUUCUUCUUGGAAGAUUCCUUGACAUGGGACCCUGGGCUGUAGAUCUGGCUUUGUCUGUUGGAAUAUUUCCAUAUGUCCUGAAGCUGUUGCAAACAACGACACCAGAACUACGACAAAUUCUUGUUUUCAUAUGGACGAAGAUUCUUGCACUUGAUAAGUCAUGUCAGGUUGAUCUAGUAAAGGAUGGGGGACAUAUAUAUUUCAUUAGAUUUCUUGAUAGCAUGGAAGCAUAUCCAGAACAGCGUGCAAUGGCUGCAUUUGUUUUGGCUGUGAUUGUGGAUGGGCACAGAAGGGGCCAGGAAGCUUGUUUUGAAGCUGGUUUGAUUCAUGUCUGCUUGAAGCACCUUCAGGGUUCAGCACCAAAUGAUGGACAGGCUGACCCCUUAUUUCUUCAGUGGCUUUGCCUCUGUAUGGGAAAGCUGUGGGAGGAUUUCACAGAGGCCCAAUUAAUGGGUUUGCAGGCAGAUGCCCCUGCUAUAUAUGCUCCUCUAUUGUCUGAGCCCCAACCAGAGGUUCGGGCUUGUGCUGUUUUUGCGCUUGGCACCCUGCUUGACAUUGGGGGUGACUCGUGUAGAGAUGGUGCUGCAGUUGGAGGAGAUGAAGAAUGUGAUGAUGAUGAAAAGAUUAAGGCUAUUGUUAGAAGCCUUUUAAGUGUUGUUUCAGAUGGAAGUCCACUGGUUAGGGCAGAGGUUGCUGUGGCUUUGUCUCGCUUUGCCUUUGGCCACAACAAGCAUCUCAAGUCAAUUGCUGCUGCAUAUUGGAAACCUCAGUCUAAUUCUUUGAUUAAUUCCUUACCUUCUUUGGCUCAUAUAAACAGCAGCAGUAGUGGAUAUAGUAACUCAAACCAGUACAUGCCACACGCAAAUAUUGUUUCAUCCCAGAUUGGUUCUCUGUUGAGAGUCAGCAAUGACAAUCUAUCAGUGGUUCGAGAUGGAAGGGUCUCCACCAGCAGCCCUCUUGCUAACUCUGGCAUUAUGCAUGGUUCUCCUGUGUCUGAUGAUUCAUCUCAACAUUCUGAUUCCGGAAUAUUGAAUGAUGGUGUCAGUAAUGGGGUUAACCAUUCAAGGUCAAAACCACUAGACAAUUCAAUGUAUUCACAAUGCGUGUUGGCUAUGUGUACAUUAGCCAAGGAUCCAUCUCCACGCAUAGCGAGUCUUGGUCGACGGGUACUGUCCAUUAUAGGGAUUGAGCAAGUAGUGGCAAAACCUUUGAAGUUCAGUAGUGGUGUUCAGCAUGGUGAAGCAACAACAGCAUCUCCAACUCCUCUUGCUGGAUUAGCUCGUUCAUCUUCAUGGUUUGAGAUGAAUGGAGGUCAUUUGCCUUUAACCUUCCGAACUCCUCCUGUCAGCCCUCCUCGACCUAGUUAUUUAGCUGGAAUGCGAAGAGUUUAUUCUUUGGAGUUCAGGCCUCAUGUGUUAAAUUCUCCAGAGACAGGAUUAGCUGACCCGCUUCUUGGUGCUGGCGGAUCAUCUGGGGCUUCGGAACGCAGUCUGCUUCCGCAAUCAACAAUCUACAAUUGGAGUUGUGGCUACUUCUCCAAGCCACUACUUACUGCACCAGAUGAUAGUGACGAAAUACUGGCUAGAAGAGAGGAGAGGGACAAAUUUGCAUUUGAGCACAUAGCAAAAUGCCAGCACUCAUCUGUUAGCAAGCUUAAUAAUCCAAUUGCUAGCUGGGAUACAAAGUUCGAAAGUGGUUCCAAAACAAUACUGCUUCAACCUUUCUCUCCUAUUGUUAUUGCUGCAGAUGAGAGUGAACGGAUCAGGGUAUGGAAUUAUGAGGCUGCUACCUUGCUCAACAGUUUUGAUAAUCAUGAUUUUCCUGAAAAAGGAAUUAGUAAGCUCUGCCUUGUAAAUGAGCUUGAUGACAGCUUGCUUCUUGCUGCUUCAUCUGAUGGAAAUAUCCGAGUUUGGAAAGAUUAUAAUCUGAAGAAUAAACAAAAGCGUGUAACUGCAUUCUCUUCAAUUCAAGGCCAUAAACCUGGCGUGCGAAGUUUGAAUGCUGUUGUGGAUUGGCAACAGCAGUCCGGAUAUCUGUAUGCUUCUGGCGAGAUAUCAUCCAUUAUGCUAUGGGAUCUGGAUAAAGAGCAGCUUGUUAAUUCCAUUGCUUCAGCAUCUGAUUGCAGCAUCUCAGCAUUGGCUGCUUCUCAAGUUCACGGGGGUCAAUUUGCUGCUGGUUUUGUGGAUGGUUCUGUCAGACUCUACGAUAUUCGAACACCUGAAAUGCUUGUCUGUACAACGCGGCCACACAAGCAAAAAAUUGAGAGAGUCAUGGGGAUUGGCUUUCAACCUGGGCUUGAUCCAGCAAAGAUUGUCAGUGCAUCUCAGGCAGGUGACAUUCAGUUCCUUGACAUCAGAAGUCACAGGGAUGCCUACCUCACAAUUGAUGCCCAUAGGGGCUCCCUUGCAGCUUUAGCUGUUCAUAGACAUGCCCCGGUCAUUGCCAGUGGUUCAGCCAACCGGCUUAUCAAAGUAUUUAGCCUGGAGGGUGUACAACUAGGCACCAUUCGAUACCAGCAUACCUUCAUGGCCCCAAAGAUUGGUCCUGUAAGCUGCCUUACCUUCCAUCCCUAUCAAAUAUUGCUUGCUGCUGGUGCUGCAGACGCUUGUAUCUCUAUCUAUGCUGAUGACAACUCUCAAGCAAGAUGACAUGCGUAUUGUCUCGUAAUAUCUGUAUUUGAUUUGAGGGACACGAGCGCUUGAGACUUCCAUUGAAGUCUCGGAUGCAGUGUUUCUGGUGCGUUUGGAUCACAUGCUACACAUUACGUCUCGCUAAUUCCUGUUCGCUGUCGAUGUACCUUGAAAUAUUGGUAGGGCGCUUUCUACCAAUAGUCUAUGCGAUACAUUCAUUCGCCCCCGGCAUAGAAGGGUCAAGGCUGUUGGGAAGAAAAUGCUGCGCUUUAUUGGGGGCUUUGGCAAAUAAUAUGUUACAUAGGUAAAUGCGUGUAAAUAUUUUCUCAUAUAUAUAUAUAUGUAUGUAUUUUUCCAUUUUGGUGUGUCCAAUUGUUUCUUCAGUCCCGUUCAUUCUGUAAAUGCAGCAUAACACUUUUUGCCCAGGAAAAAACUAAAUGCAUCACACUUCCGUUAUCAUAAUUCAUUUGUUGCGGAUAGUGCUGUGGGUUGUUGGCCCUGAAAUGCAGGGGCUUCAACUCACACACGUUCGUUAACAUUUAUGAUAUCACUUGGUUUUUCUUUCA